AUGAGCACUGCGACAGAGAAGAAGACCAUGGGGGCUGGGUCCGCCAACGUAUCCGAUGGGCAGGUGCUGGAGAGUACCAAAGCCGCGGUCCAUACAAAGCUCAAGUCGAGGCAUCUAUACAUGAUUGCCAUGGGAGGAUGCAUCGGCACGGCAUAUCUUGUCGGAUCAGGCCGAACCUUGAAUAGGGGCGGCCCUGCACUGUGUCUCGCUGGCUUCGCUAUUAUUUGCUCCUUUGUCUGGGUCUUCUCUACGCUUCUCUUCGAGAUGGCCGCCUACAUCCCCCUGAACGGCUCUGGUCCGGACCACUACACGACACGCUUCCUGUCCAAGUCCUUUGGGUUCGCGCUGGGUUGGAACUACUGGUACGCUUAUUCGAUCCUGGUGCCCUUCGAGAUCACCGUGGCGACACUCAUCAUUCAUUACUGGAACCCGCCCGUCCCCGACGCUGUUUUCAUUACGAUCUUCUUCGUCAUCAUCGUCGGCCUGAACUAUCUGCCGGUUGCCAACAGCGGAGAAGCCGAGUUUGCCUUUUCUUCGCUGAAGCUAUCGAUGUUGACAGGCAUCCUGAUCUUGUCAGUUGUUCUUGCGGCAGGCGGAGGACCGUCGGGAGAAACUUUGGGAUUCAAGUACUGGCAUGACCCUGGUCCUGCAAAUGCUUGGAUUGUUGACGGAGGGUCCGGCAAGUUUGUGGCUUUCCUGGGUGUUCUCGUCAGUGUCGUAUUGCCGCUGACCUUUGCCGCCGAAAUGGUUGCAACAUGCGGCGGCGAGACCCGAAGCCCUCUAAAGACAAUCCCCAUGGCUGCCAAAGUCUUCAUAAUUCGUCUUGUCGUCUUCUACGUCCUACCGAUUCUCGGAGUGACUUUGACCUGCCCAUCUGACGCCCCAGAGCUAUCUUCGGGAGGAUCCGGGGACGGGGCGUCGCCUUUCGUCAUCGGUAUCAAGGACUCUGGCAUCCGCGUGCUCGAUCACAUCGUCAACGCGGUCAUUCUGUGCUCGGCGUGGUCAGCCGGCAACAUCUACAUGUACCUCGCCUCGCGAUCGAUAUAUUCCCUCGCCGUAGCGGGCAACGCGCCCAAGUUUUUCACUACGACGUCCAGAUGGGGGGUGCCGUACUACGCUGUGACGAGCUGUACUGUCCUCGCGCUUCUAGCGUAUCUGAAUGUCAGCUCCAGCGCCGGCGUCGUCUUCAACUGGUUAGUCAACAUGAUCAACAUGGCCGCCUUCUUUUCAUGGGGCUGUAUCUCUCUUGCGUACCUUCGGUUCCGCACAGCCAUCGAAGUCCAGGGCGUGGAUCGCUCGACCCUGCCUUACAAGUCAGUCUGCGGAAAGCCUGGUGCAUACGUCUGCAUUGUCUUCUCAGUUGUUGUCGGUCUGCUCAACGGAUUCUAUGUCUUCUUCCCUUCGGAGUGGGAUGUGUCGGACUUCCUGACAGCUUAUAUUGGGACACUUCUUUUUGUUGUGUUGUUCUUUGGGCACAAGUUCACAGUCGGACGCGGCGAUGGCUGGCUCAUCCCAGCUGAGGAGAUCAACUUGGUAUAUAGCCCUGAUGAUGUCCUUGAGGCAUCCACGACGCACACUGAUGUGGAGUCUGCUGGAACAGUAUCUUCAAGUUGGAAGAAGCUGUUCGCAAAGUCUAAAUAA